AUGUUAUGGGGCGGAAAACCAAAGACCGCUCGAGGAAACAAAUACAUUCUCAUAUUCGAAGACUUGUUCACCCGUUGGAUAGAGUGCAUUCCGAUUGAGCGGACGAACGCGAAGACAAUCCUGCAGCAUCUCAGAGAGCAAGUCUUCUUGCGGUACGGUGCGCCAGAGGUAUUCCUGUCGGACAAUGGCAGAGAGUUCAAAAAUAAGGCCAUUGAUCAAUACCUCAGGGAACAAAGCGUGAGACACGAGUUGACGCCACCUUAUCACCCCCAGGCGAACCCAGUAGAGAGGGUAAACCGCACCAUUAAUAACAUGGUACACGCGCUGAUUGAGGAGAACCAUAAUACAUGGGACGAGCGAUUGAGCGACAUCGCAUUCAGGUAUAAUACCGUACCUCAUUCCUCGACGGGCGUGAGUCCAGCCAUAUUAAUGUAUGGGACUCAGCCGAGGAAACCAUCUGCAGCGAAGCAGGACGCCGCCGCAGAAAAAGAGUUGCAGCAACGCGCGAUCGAUGCAUGA